CAUUUAAAUAUAAACUCCCAUUUGCACAUUUUAUUUCCUUUCAAAAACAAAAAAAAAACCGAUGGCCGGCGCCGGCGGCGGAGGAACCCAAAUCCCACGGGGGCUGACGGGGGAGGAGUUCGCCGGCCUUGAGCCGGUGAUUCGCCGCUACCACACCUUCGACCCCCUCCCCAACACAUGCACGUCGCUCAUAACUCAGCACAUCGACGCGCCGGCGCGCGUGGUGUGGGAAUUCGUCCGGCGGUUCGACAACCCGGAGAAGUACAAGCACUUCAUCAAGAGCUGCCGGAUGUACGGCGACGGCGGCGUCGGGAGCAUCCGCGAGGUCACGGUGGUUUCCGGGAUCCCGGCCGCCACCAGCACCGAGCGCCUCGAGAUUCUCGACGACGAGAACUAUGUUCUGAGCUUCCGGGUCGUCGGCGGCGAGCACCGGCUCAACAACUACCGGAGCGUCACCUCGGUCAACGAGUUCCGGCGGCGCGACGGCGGCGUCUACACCGUCGUCCUCGAGUCGUACAUAGUUGACAUCCCGGAAGGGAACACCGGAGAAGACACCCGCAUGUUCACCGACACGGUGGUGAAUCUGAACCUGCAAAAGCUUGGGGCGGUGGCUUUGGCAGCCUUAAAUGGCGGCGGCGGCGGCGAUUGAUGAAUGGCGUAGUUGGGCGGUUGUGUUUUGUAACUU